ACCGUCACCCUCAGUUUGACAGAAAACCUAAACCCACGGCCUUUGCGGCAGGCGAAUACGGACGCCCAGGGCGCUUCUCUCCCCAGAUUGAAGGCGCUUCCAGGCGGAAGACCCAUAGGGUCCGGCUCCGAAAAGAGACCGUCAGGAACUCGAUCCCGGGAAGAAAGAUUCCCGCGUUCCUUCUAGUCGUCUAGGUUAGACAGGCAGCAUCGCUGUCUUCCUUCUCCGAAAGCUCAGGCUUGCAGCGACCUGACGCAGCAGGUCUAGAGAAGAACAAAGUCAAAAAGGUGGCGAGUUUUGUUUUUUUUUUUUCCCCUCCCCCGCUGUGGGGACCGAUGACGGCGACGCACCGGAAGCGGGACCUUGGAAGGCCGGUGGGCGUGGCGGAGACGUGUCUGUCUGGGAUGCGGCUGCCGGCGCUUCCUUAGGUCUCUGGGCUUGGAAGGCGACGUGUAGGUCCUUCUUCACGUCACCUUUCUUGCGAGCAGCGUGGGGCGGCGGCGGCGGCGGCGGCGAAAGGCCGGGCUGGGAGCGUUGGCCGCCGCGGACCCAGCCAUGGCCGAGUGUGUGGAGCGGCUGCAGCAGCGGGUUCGGGAACUGGAGCGGGAGCUCGCGGAGGAGAGAAGCCGCAGGAUGCUGGGCGGCGGCGACGGAGGGGGCGGCCGGGCGCCCAUCGACAAGAUGAGCCCCGAGGUGGUGGACUCCAAUCCCUACAGCCGCCUGAUGGCAUUGAAACGGAUGGGAAUUGUAAGCGAAUAUGAGAAAAUCCGUACCUACGCGGUGGCAGUAGUAGGUGUUGGUGGAGUUGGUAGCGUGACUGCCGAAAUGCUGACAAGAUGUGGCAUUGGUAAGUUGCUCCUUUUUGACUAUGACAAGGUGGAACUGGCCAACAUGAACCGACUUUUCUUCCAGCCUCAUCAGGCAGGAUUGAGUAAAGUCCAAGCAGCAGAACACACUCUGAGGAACAUUAAUCCUGACGUUCUUUUUGAAGUACACAACUAUAAUAUUACCACUGUGGAACACUUUCAACAUUUUAUGCACAGAAUAAGUAAUGGUGGUUUAGAAGAAGGAAAACCUGUUGAUCUAGUUCUUAGCUGUGUGGAUAAUUUUGAAGCUCGAAUGGCAAUAAACACAGCUUGUAAUGAACUUGGACAAACAUGGAUGGAAUCUGGGGUCAGUGAGAAUGCAGUUUCAGGACACAUCCAGCUCAUCAUCCCCGGAGAAUCUGCGUGCUUUGCGUGUGCUCCGCCACUAGUCGUUGCUGCGAACAUCGACGAGAAGACUCUGAAGCGAGAAGGCGUGUGUGCGGCCAGUCUUCCUACCACCAUGGGAGUUGUUGCAGGGAUCUUGGUACAAAACGUGUUAAAGUUCCUGUUAAAUUUUGGUACUGUUAGUUUUUACCUUGGAUACAAUGCAAUGCAGGAUUUUUUCCCUACAAUGUCCAUGAAGCCAAAUCCUCAGUGUGACGACAGACAUUGCAGGAAGCAGCAGGAAGAAUAUAAGAAGAAGGUGGCAGCACUGCCCAAGCCGGAGGCUCUUCCCGAGGAGGAGGAAGUGAUUCACGAGGACAACGAGUGGGGUAUUGAGCUGGUGGCAGAGGUUUCUGAAGAGGAACUGAAAAAUUCUUCAGGUCCCAUUCCUGACUUACCUGAGGGAAUUACUGUGGCCUACACAAUCCCAAAGAAGCAAGAUGAUUCUGGUCCUGACGUAACUGUGGAAGAUUCUGGCGAGAGCUUAGAAGACCUUAUGGCCAGGAUGAAGAAUAUGUAGUUGAUGGACUGCCAUUUAAUUUAUUUCUGUGCUUACACUAUUCCCUUAAGACUAAAAUAUAGCAGAACUAAUAAAACCUAGGGCUACAUUGA